CAACCAUUCCUCAUCACUGCAAGCUGUCAUACAAUGGAGAAAACAUACAACUACACCAAACGAUACCUCGAAUCUCAAAUCAACACCCUCUCCCAGCCCGUUGGAAUCUCACUGAAGUUGGCACUGCUGCUCACCGAUGACAAAUCCCAGCUAACCACGAAACAGCUAACUGCCAUCUUAAACAGGUCGAACCAGAUCAUCGCCAUAAACCAGAAGCUAAAGUUCAAUAAACAAGCGGUGGACGUAGUGUCUGAACAAAUAUACUACAACGAGCUUGAAGAGGUGAAACAGUCCAAGUUGCGAUUGCUUCGCAGCAGCAGCAGUAUCAUUCUAGAGCCGAUAUGCCUCUUUAACAGGGAUUACACGCUAUCAGGUGAUACAAAUACCGAGCUACAGUCACUCAGGCGAUCGGUCGAGGAUCUCCCUGAGGGGAGGUACCUUUUUGUGAGAAACAAGCGCAUUGUGGACUCGGUGGAAUUCGACAAUAUCGUUAACGAUCGCAUGGACAGUGUUGUAAGUCACAUGGCAGGGGAGACAUCACACCACGAAGAGUACCAAGAAACAGAUGACGCAGAUGGUCUAGUGCAAACAUACGAUCGAUUGAAGUCGCUUCUCAUUCAGAAAUUGAACCAGCUCUUGAGUUUAAAACUUAAGCAGGACAAGCUCAAGCAGCUUCAGGGUCAGCUAGCCCGUAUGCUAGAGCCCGAAGAAGGAACUACUGCCUCGGUAAGUGGGAUUCAGUCCAACUUGAUCACAAAUGCCAACUUGAUUCAUGAUGAGAUCGUCAAAGUGAAGAUUUUACUAGAACGAACCGGUUAUAAAUUGGCAGGCAUGGAAGACGCCGAGUUUCAGGAAAUCAUGCAUAAAAUUAAUAGCAAAUGAGUGAUACACGAGUAUGAC